UUUCGUCACGGCAAACCUCUCCCAACAGCUACUAGCGAGCUGGUUAAAUAUAUAAAAGGCUUGCCGGGUCGGUAGAUAGAGCACAGUUUAGCAGUGCACCAUUGCGAAUCCACACACAACUCCUUUCAUAAGCUUUCCGCCGGUUCUAGCACGCAAGCAGAGAACUCAUAACGCCAUGAAACUGUACAUCGUUGUUGCCCUUGCCCUGGUCGGUGUGGUGGCCGCGCAGCAGUACACCAGCAAGUACGACGGUGUCGAUGUGGACGAGAUCCUCAAGUCGGACCGGCUGUUCAACAACUACUACAAGUGUCUGCUGGACGAGGGCCGCUGCACCCCGGACGGUAACGAGCUGAAGAAGAUCCUGCCGGACGCCCUCAAGACGGACUGUGCCAAGUGCAGUGAGAAGCAGCGGGCCGGCGCCAUCCGGGUGAUCGACUAUAUGAUCCAGAACCGCCGCGCUCAGUGGGAUGCUCUGCAGCAGAAGUACGAUCCGGAGAACAAGUACAUCGAGAAGUACCGUGAGCAGGCCAAGAAGGAGGGCAUCAAGCUGGAAUAGAUGUUGUAGCGAAGUUCCGGAACUGCCGUAACGGUCGUCGCCAACGGCAACAACAACUACCACCUCAUCAACAUCCUGUCCGUGAGCCUACGCGCUGGGGUUGCUCUCUUCCGUUCACUACAAGGACACCGGGCCCAGUGAAGCAAGGAGAUAUCCAUCCCCCGCUCCCCGGUACCAACACUCCAACACCCCGUCCUAUAUACUCACUCCGCCGAGGAGUUGGCGUGUGAAAGCAGUUCCACACACUACCCACUAUUGAACUAUACUAUUCGACCCUUGAAUUUUGUGAUAUCUGUUGUCGCGAUAGACAACGCGCUCGCUGUACUGAUACUGAUGGCCAUUUACUACUAUUUGCUUUCGGUUGAUUUAUAUUACGGUUACGUUUUACGAUGUUUAUCCUACGUUCUACUGCCUGUGAGGCAGGCAAACAAAAAUUAGUGGAAAAUUUAGCGGAAAUCCUAAUAGCGACUUAGACAGGAUGUAGUAGCUCUGUACUAAAUACAGUGAUCAACACUUUCUAAACAAAAA